AUGUCUGCCUUUGCCAAGAACUUCUACAAGCUCAUGAAUAACAGCUGUUUUGGCAAGACGAUGGAAAAUGUCAGAAAACAUAAAAACAUUGAGCUCGUGCAUAAUGAAAGACGUCUUUUGAAACUGAGUUCAAAAUCAACCUAUAAAACUACAACAAUAUUCAACGAAGACCUUACAGCCGUUGAACUUUAUAGAGUGAGGGUGUUAAUGAAUAAACCAAUCUACAGUGGCAUGUGUAUAUUAGACUUGAGUAAAUGGGCCAUGUAUGACUUCUAUUACAACAAAUUGAAAAACACAUUUGGUGAGCAGAUGACCAUGUGUCUCACUGACACUGAUUCUAUUUUGUUUUACGUGGAAUCAUUUGACGUUUACCAGUAUAUGAAAGAAAAUAUUCACUUGUUUGAUACGUCGGACUACCCACAAAAUCAUUUCCUAUAUAGUGAGGAGAAUAAGAAAAAAGUGGGUAGUAUGAAGGAUGAAAUGUCUGGAAUUCCGAUCUCUGCUUUUGUUGGUCUCAGAAGUAAAGUGUACAGUUUUAAGUGUGAUAAUAACAAAGAAGAGAAAAGAGCAAAAGGAAUUGCAAAAGCCACUUUGAAAAGAGACCUUAGAUUCACAAACUAUAAAGAUAUCUUGUUUUCAGAAGGUCAGAAUGUUGUAACAAUAACGUCAAUUAGAAAUGACAAUCACGAGUUGUACUGUAAUGAAAUGAAAAAAAUUGGACUGUCCUCGUUUGAUGACAAACGGUAUCUGCUUAAUGCUACAGACAGUCUUGCUUAUGGUCAUUAUUCUUUGAGACAGUCACAGGUAGAGGAAGAAAGGGCAAGAACUCCUUCAAUAUUACCAGAAGAAGGAAGUUUAUUUAUAGACAAUUGUAAGGUCACACCUUUGACAUACAAAUUGGAACAUUUGACAAGUACUCCCACAUUGCUUGAAGACGAGAGAUCUUUUAUAGCAGAUUGUAGUGUCACACCCGUGACAUUUAAAUAAAAUAUCAUAAACUGAAUGUAUGCUAAUACAAAAUAUGUUUAUGUAAAAGAAUAGAUUACACUUUAUUCCUAUAUUAAA